GCGCAGUAUCAUUUGUACGUGGAAGUGGGAAGUAAGCAGUAGAAGGUGACUUGCAGUUGCAGGCAAAUCAAAACUCAAAAAAAGAGGACUAUCACUCGGCCAAAGGGCCGGCACCUAAACGGCCCAAAAUACUCCCAUCCAUCGUUGUCUUCUCAGAAUUUGAAACAGGAAGAAGAAGUAAAAGAGACCAUCCGACUGAAGCGAAGCGAAGCGGAAUUUGAGGCCGGGGAAAGGAAGAUAAGGAUCGGGAAUGAGUGGGGGGAGACUUUGCUGUUUGUUGGGUGAAUUGGGAUAUGAAGGUGCAGAGACAUUAGACCCCGAUAGCUUCGAAUGGCCUUUCCAAUACGACGACGCUCGCCCUAUCCUCGAUUGGAUCUGCUCCAGCCUCCGUCCUUCCAACGUCCUUUCCCUCUCUGAGCUUUCUCAGUAUGAGCAGUUUCUGCAGGAAGGAAAGCUACUGGAGGGGGAAGAUUUGGACUUUGCUUAUGGUAGCAUUUCAGCUUUUGCUUCCAGGAGAGACAACCAAGAAGCUGUUUUCGGAGCCGAAGAAGGAUUGAAAGACAUCCGGGAUGCCACUUCGGCUUAUAGAUCUGAAGCUCUGGAACUGCAGAGACAGCUUAAGCAUUUGCAGUCUCAAUUUGAUAUGCUUACUGGACAGGCUUCUGCUUUGAUACAAGGAAGAAGGGCUCGAGUGGCUGCUACAUCAACUGUCAAUGGACACCUUACAACUAUUGAUGAUAGUAUUUCUGCAAGAAAUUUACAGAUGAAUGCAGUUCUUGGGAAGAUUGCUUCUACUGCACAAGAGUUGGCGCAUUAUCAUUCUGGGGAUGAGGAUGAAAUCUACUUAGCUUACUCUGAUUUUCAUCAGUAUUUGGCUGGGGAUUCUUCUUGUAUAAAGGAACUAAAUCAGUGGUUUGCUAAGCAGUUGGACACGGGUCCUUUCCGAUUAGUUGCUGAGGAGGGCAAAUCAAAGUGUUCGUGGGUGAGUCUUGAUGACAUCUCAAAUGUCAUAGUAAGAGAUAUAGAAAAAUCCCAUCAUCAGCGUGUAUCUGAAUUGCAACGCCUUCGUUCUAUUUUUGGAACGAGUGAAAGACAAUGGGUCGAAGCCCAAGUUGAGAAUGCCAAGCAGCAAGCUAUUCUAAUGAUACUUAAAUCUCAAGUAACAUCAGAUGAAGCUCACAUUCAUCUUGACCUUCAUUCUCUUAGGAGAAAGCAUUCGGAAUUGGUUGGAGAGCUUUCGAAUCUUUAUCACAAGGAACAGAAAUUACUAUCUGAGACCAUUCCGGAUCUUUGUUGGGAGCUGGCUCAACUUCAAGACACAUACAUUUUGCAAGGUGACUAUGAUUUAAAGGUCAUGCGCCAAGAAUACUAUAUUAACCGGCAGAAAGCGUUCAUAAAUCAUCUUGUAAAUCAACUUGCAAGGCAUCAGUUUCUUAAGAUAGCUUGUCAGUUGGAAAAGAAGAACAUGCUUGGAGCAUAUUCUUUGCUUAAAGUUAUUGAAUCAGAACUGCAAGCUUUCCUGUCAGCUACAAGAGGCCGUGUGGGUCGCUGCCUGGCAUUGAUACAAGCUGCAUCUGAUGUACAAGAACAAGGAGGAGUGGAUGAUCAGGACCAUUUUCUGCAUGGUGUUAGAGAUCUUUUAAGUAUCCAUUCAAAUGCUCAAGCUGGGUUAUCAUCAUAUGUCUCAGCUCCAGGCAUUGUUCAGCAAAUAUCUAGUCUUCACUCAGAUUUGAUGACCCUUCAAUCUGAUCUUGAGAACUCUCUUCCGGAGGACAGAAAUAGAUGUAUCAAUGAGCUGUGCACUUUAAUUCAAAGCUUACAGCAAUUACUGUUUGCCUCGUCAACAACUGCACAGCCAAUAUUGACACCUCGGCCGCUGAUGAAAGAGCUCGAUGAAAUGGAAAAGAUUAAUGCAAAACUCUCAGCUGCUGUUGAAGAGGUGACGCUUGAGCACUGUAAAAAGAAUGAGAUUGUGAAACAUCAUUCUCAAGAGGUUGGGCUUCAGAGGCGGGUUUUUGUUGAUUUCUUUUGCAAUCCUGAACGUUUGAGGAGCCGAGUUAGAGAGCUAACAGCCCGAGUCCGAGCUUUGCAAGUUUCCUAGUUCAUUCUCUGAUCAGAUCCGUCUUUUUUUUUUUUUUUUUAAUUUUUAAUUUUGUAAUUUUAAAUCCUGUGUGCGUCCACGUGAUUCAGCAUGCAUUACGCUGAAUCCUAAUGUAUUUACCAUGCUUGUAAUUUUAGUCGGUCUGUAAUGUAAAAUAGCAUCCAGAACUUCUACUGACUGCUACAGUUUGUGGAUACGUUUUUAAUUCAAAUGGGAAAUUCAAUUUUUAUCUGAUUUA